UUUUUUUUUUAUUUUUUUAUGUAUUUAUAGGAGGAAGUUGAUUUGGAUGCAGAUCCAACUAUGUCAACACAAGGAAAUCAAGGAACUACAUCAAAUGCUGGUGGUCAACCCGUAUUUGCAAUGCCACCACCACCUGCCACAGGUGUAAAUCCAUUUACUGGUGCUCCAGUUGCGGCCACAGAGCAAACUUCAUUGAAUACAACAGAGCAAACAACUUAUACCCCAGGUAUAUAAAAAGAAACUACUACUUACCUUCCCUCCAAAUCCUCCUCAUAAUUUAAAAACAAUGUUUUGUUAACAAACAAUAAAAUAAAAACAACAAAAAAUCGUAGCUAAAAGAAAGAAAAAAUAACUUAAUACUACAAUGAAAAUUAAAAAAAAAAAAUUAAACAAAAACUUUGAUAAUUUUUUUAAAAGGGGGAAAUUAAAUAAAUUACAAAAACGGAAACAAAAAAAAAAAAACAUAUAAUAAAACUAAUUACAAACCUAGUUAUGGUGUUGCAUUCUUCUAUAGAAUAACUAUAUAUAUUUAUAUAAUUGAAGAAAUAAUAAAAAAAAAACAAAUAUUUAAAAAAAUAUAUAAGAAAAAAAAAAUCAAAUGAUAUUUUUGCAAAUUACUGAGAAAAAUCGUUUACAAAAGAAUUACUGCAAAAAUAACAAAACAAACAACUUGGGAAAAAUUAUAUAAUUAUGAAUUAAAUGCGUUAAGACCAUCGAAUUAAAUGUUGUUUAUUCAUUAAUUAUAACAAAGAAAAAAAAAACAUAAAAGUAAAUCUCUUAAAAUAGCAUUAAUAAUUGCAAUAAUAUUAAUAUUUAAAUAGAAACAUAUAAAACAUUAAUUCUUUUAAAAAUUUAAUAUAAACAUUCAUCUUAAUAUUUUUUAAUUAUUAACUAAUUGCUCAGUUCUUUUUUUAUUAACAUCACAAUUAGCCAAAGAAAAUUUUAAUAAUAAAUUAUUUCUACUUUUAUUUUUAUUACAUAAAAUAAUUUUUUUUAGCUAUUUGUUGGAAAUAAUUCCUUUUUAUGUGUAAUAUCAUUAGUUUUGUUUCGUGUAAAAAAAAAUGUUUUUCCUUAAAUUUUAUAAAAAAAUUUAAAUUUAUUGUUUCUUCAUGUAACAGUAAGUAUGUCAAGGUUUUGAAUUAAUAUUCUGCUAACAAUUUCAGUUAAGCUUAAUCA